GACUCUGCGCAAGCAUCAUGGUGAUUCACUCAGUGCGCAUGCGAUUGAUUGACGCGUGCGCUGUGUGUGUUGUUUGCUGCAGAAAGGUGCUGCUGCUGCUGCUGCUGAUCAGAAAAUCGGUGCUGCUGCAGCAGCAGCUGCUGCUGCUGCGGAGCAUGACGACACAGACGACGCAGAUGAGGUGUGGCCGUCGAGCAAUGAGGAGCUGUGGCGCGACGUGACGCCCCUCAGCACGGUGCUCGAUGAGGGACCGCACCCAGUCGUCGAAAUCGACACAUCGCCUCAAUGUAUGCACACACUCACGCACGGAUGGGCAUCGCAUCAAUCAACACAACACACCCACACAGCAAGCCACAAACUCCCUCCCUUUGUCUGUCUGUCCUUCUGUCUGUCUGUCUGCGUCCCAUUACAUUUGCCAUCCAUUCAUUCAUUCAUUGUGACAUCAGUCCGGCGGGCCCACGCGCUGCUGUAUGCGCUGCUGAGUGCGGGGGAGAGGAGCCAGCGCGCCCUCGACCUGACGCGGGAGGUCAUCCACCUCAACAACGCAAACUACACCGCAUGGUAGGUAGGGUCAGCCAGUGAUGCAUGGCCAAGGGUGUCUGGACUCGCGUGUGUGAUGGAUGGUCCCAACACAACAUAUACAUACUACAGGCACUACCGCCGGCAGAUCCUCGAGGGCAUGGAGGGGGAGUGGGACCUCGCAGACGAACUCGGUGCACACACACGUCACUUCACGCCACGCCGUAUACGCCAUGCCGGCCGCCUGUUCUGUCGGGUGUGGGUGUGGGUGUGGGUGUGAGUGCAUGCAGCGUUCAGUGAGGAGUGGAUCUUCGACAGCCCCAAGAGCUACCAAGUGAGUGGGCCAAGCCGACCAGACACAGUCGCAUACACAAGUGUGUGGGUGUGGGUGUGGGUGUUAGGUGUGGCAGCACCGGCGAUGGCUGGUGGAAAAGGCCGCAGACCCAUCAAAGGGUGAGCGAACGAGCACAGGAAGGCUUGUGUUGCGUUGUGUUAAUCCUUUGUGCCUCCCUCCCUCCCUCCCUCCCUCCCUCUCUGCUUCAGAGCUGGAGGUGUGCGCGAGCGUGCUGAACAACGACGCCAAAAACUACAACGCAUGGUCGCACCGGUAGGCAGGCAAACACGCACGCACCCCAUCCGGCCAUCCAUCCAUCCAUCCGCCCAUGUGUCUGUGUGCGCGGCUGGCGAAUUGACGGAUUCAUGGGAUGGUGCGAGCAGACAGUGGGUGGUGCGUACGUACGGGCUGUGGGCGGCCGAGCUGGCCUUCGCCGAGGCCAUGCUGCAGGAGGACUUCCGCAACAACAGCGCAUGGAACCACAGGUGGGUUGGGUCGGAGGGCAAGGCAGGCAGAUGGAUGGAUGGAUGGGUGUGUGGAGGCACUACGUGGUGAGCCACGAGCUGAGGUCGUGCUCAGGCCAAGAGGACCAGAUCAGUGCCAUUCGCUCCAGGGAAAUCAGGUCACAAGACACAACACACAACACACAACACACCCACACGCACAUCAGCCCUACACGCUUGUGUGCAGCUAUGCCUCGUCGUGGCUCGCCCUGGCGCCGCACAACGAGAGCGCAUGGAACUACCUCGCCAGGUAGGUCAACACACACACCACAGCACACACACACACACACACCAUUGCUCUCUCUGCGUGUGUGAGUGCGUGCAGUUGGUUCGCCGAGGGCGGCGAGCGGCACACAGCCGAGAGGCGCCCCUGGAGCGAGAUACCAAACGAGGUGGGCAGGCAGGCAGGCAGGCAGCCCAGACCCACCGACCGCAUUGUCAACAUCAUCUCUCUCACCAUCAAUCUGACGAGUGUAUGUCCAUGUCCACUUUUGGUGGGUGGCAGCUGGAAGACCGCAUCGCCUCCGUUGUCGCCUCUCACCCGAGAUGCAGAUUUGCCCUGGUCCGUCCGUCCGUCCGUCCACUGUACACACACAUCACACAUCACACGUGAGAUUUCUUCUCUCUCUCUGUCUGUCUGUCUGUCCGUCUGGUGUGUGUGUGUGUGUCAGGAGGUGCUGGCCAAGGUGGCAUCUGCUCGUGGGGAUGGUGAGGCGGCUUGUCAGCGGUGGCGGGAGCUGGCCGAUAGCGACCCCGUGCGACGGAGGUACUGGGAGUACAUGGCCGACAGGGAGAGGGAGAGGGAGAGGGAGAGGACGAUAGCACUACAACAGACAGGGGCAGGGGCAGGGAGUGGGGAGGGCUGAUGGAUGGACAGCGGUGUUUCCGAGCUUUGUUUUGUUUAUGUGCAAGCAAAGCGGUUGGUUGUCUUUUGACUCCGUUGUGAGAGCUGUGAUGUGAUAUGUAUGCGGGUCGAUGGACGAAUGCUCGUUCUCUGUUCAAUCCAUCCAUCCAUCCAGGAAGCGUCCAGGACACCGCUUCUCUCUCUGUGCGUGCGUGUCCUCCUGUCUCUUCAUCUCAUCCAUCAUUAUCAUUCGUUCUUUCGCUCUUUCUUCCUGUGCGUUUUCCCUCUUCCUCUUUAAUCGCUUCCCCUCCUCCCCCCUCCUUUCCCUUCGAGUGGCCGGCCCAUCACAG